GUUCGCGUCCGACGGUUAAUGGCCAAAUGACAGAGAACCUCUCCUCUAAAAGUCCAUUGUGAACAUAUUCGACAUCACGCGAGAGCGAAUUGCCGGGGUACGUGCCAGAAAAUGCAAGUAAUCGGGUCGUCGCGUUAAGAAAAGUGAGUGUCCGUUCGUCCUGCGUAAUAGACGCAGGAUUCCGACAAAAAAAAGUAUCACUUGGAUCAAAUCGAGUCGCGUUGAAGCGUACUAGAUUUGGGCGAUUGAUUUUUGGUGUCGCUGCGCGUUUACCGGACGCGAGUUGUAACAAACGGCAAUCGAAUAAACGCGCUUGCUCGUGCAAGAAAAACUGACGUAUCGAAAUUUCACUAGUAAUUGGAGUUUUGUGACGACAAGAGUCUGAUACUAAACAGAAAAAAGAGAGAGAGAGAAAGAAAAGGGAAUCUGGUGCGCGAACGCAGCAAGCGGCGAGAAGGGGAGAAAGAGAGAGAGAGAGAGAGAAAGUGUGUGUAUUUUGUAUGUGUGUAUGUGUGAAUAAGCGAAUCAGUGAGAGAAAGAUGCGCAUGAGAGAGAAAGAGAGAGAAUGGGAACGAAAAAGAAGUGCCGUCGACCUUCGCUUUAAUAAAAUGGAGCGAAGAGGGCUGACGCUGGCACUGCUGGCAGGCGAGCGAAUGAGUGCGCGCACGCGCUUUGUACGAAUCACAUACAAGCUGUCUCCUCUGAAACGAGCGAUUCUCUCUCGAGGCAUCCCGCCGCGGCAGGGGAUUUCAUCGCUGCGUUACCCGGGUAACGCCCCCCUCGAGCAUAGUGCCCGUCCUCACGUCGGCACGUACAAUUGUCGUCCGCGGUCUUUCGAGGCCCGCGCAAGGGCUUGGACGUAUGCAGUACUGUGGCGUCAUCCAAGCGCUUUGAACGAGUCGCGUUGUAAAAAAAAAGUGACACUACAGCCCGCUAGUAAAGGAACAAGACAUUCAUUUCAGAAGAGAUCAAGGCCAGUCGAUCCUAAGGACGAGUUCUUCUGAGACUUCCCAUGAUCUUUUGGCACGUUUGCAGCAGUUUGGAGUGUUGUCCUUAUAGGUACAGCAUAUUAUCUAUAGAGGAUUAAUAUUAUUAAUAUCUGCAUUAUUGUAUUGGUGUACCUGGAUUGACAAAAUAUUUUUCUGCUGUACUUUCGUCUUCCAUCUUGUAUUUUUACUAUAAGAGAUGUCAUCCCGAGAUUAUGAUAGAAGAAGAGGCGGUAGCGGCAGUAAUUCAAGUAGGCUGCGAAUGGACACGAGUGUAUCACAAUCCCGACCACACGGCGAGAGUUCUAGCAAGCGAAAAGAGAUCGACAAUGUAAUGCGAAAAGCACGCGAGUCGCAAUCAAGCUACUGGAAUAAGAAGCUGUUGGAAGCAGAAGAACGAGAUCCGAAUAGAUGGCGUCACAGUGGAUACAAGGAAUUAUAUGUUGGCAGCAGCAGUGAACCUAGUAGAGGACAUCCUAAGAGCCCAAGAAGUCCACGAUCCCGCAGUCCCCAUAGUCCACGACCGCGCAGUCCUCGAACGAGAAGUCCACGAUCACCACGCGAACGUUCCUCCCGUGAACACAAUAAAAAUAGACAGACUGCCCGUAGCUCCAGUACGGGCAGUACAUGUUCUGACAGAUCGUGUUCUGUUUGUUCGCCGAAGGAACGACGGCGAGUUGCGCCUCCUUCUCGCUCACAUUCGAGAUCGAUUAGUCCGAUACGAACUAGGGCGCAUCCCAAAGAAGUAAUCGCGUCCAGUUCGCGAGCUUUACAGCCACGUACGAGACCACGGUCGCCGCCUUUACCUCGACCACGUACACCGCCGCCAGUACCGCAACCACCGCUGCGUCAUCAGAAGGAUUACAAAAAUCUCAAAGAAAAAGAAGCCAAGAUUCGCCGUAAAGAGAAACAUCACAGUCGAUUGCCAGAGGAUCCACGAGUACCAGAUCCUAUCUCACUGAUACGUAAACCAGUAAAAGUAGAAAAGACACAUACGGGUCAUGGAGCAUCACAAAUAAUGCGACCUCCACCAGAAUCUUCGCCUAGUGACGAUAGCGAUAGUUCCUCUACUACAUCUCAUGUGGGACCCCCAAAAAUGACAUUAUCUGAACGAUUUGGUAAAAUGGCACAGUGGAGCGUGGAUCGUAGGGACAUGGAAAAUAUGCGUAUCACAAAAGAUGGUGAGAAUGCAAUGAAAGUCGUUAUAGAAGGUGAGGAGAGAAUUGCGCGCCUAGGCUAUGAUUCGCCACCUCCCGGUCAUUACCCUGAAUCGCUAUUGGCGCAAGGACCAAGAGGUUUUGAGUGUUGGGAUGAUGUACGCGUUCGAUACGAUUAUUACAAAGCAAGGGGAUACCUUCGUGAUCUUACUCUCGAUGAUUAUAUCAAAUGGGAGGAAUGGUGGUAUAAAUAUCAGGAAUGGCUUGAAGCUGAACGUUUCUAUGAGCAGUGGGCCUCAUCAAAUCGUUCAUCUGGCAGUAGUCGCAAGAGACGAGGACGACGCAAUAAUACUACUCACUAAGAUAUAUAAUAUAAAUCUCUGUUAUGAUUUACACUUGACUUAUUGACAAAAUAUACAGUGAUAUCUGAAUACUUAGAGUAUACAAAAAUAUGUAUGUAUGUAUAAGCUAUAUAUCAUAAUAAAAAGAAUGAUUGUGCAAAACGAGGAAUUACAUGAUUUGAAAAAUAGUCAACAAUUUGAGAGAUUGUAUCGCUUAUAUUUUAAUUUCAGUAUCUGAAUAUUUAAAAUAUUUAGCAUCUUGUAUGCUUAUAAGAUAUAACAAGAAUAAUAUUCUCUUCCAUCUUGCAUUGCUUGUUUAUAAUGUUGAAAAUAAAGACUGAUUGAAAAA